AUGCGUUUCGCUGCUGCAUUCGGACUCUUUUCCCUGGCUGCCGCCCUGCCGGCCACCCCCGAGGGCAACGGCGCCGCCGCCAUCGAGGCGAGAGCGACCCCGAUGGCCGGAAGCAGCAUCUACUCCUGGCCUGCGACCGCCACGCCUAUGGAUAUCGAGUUCUACAAGGGUGCCAAGCUCACCAUCAAGUCGCUAGAUUUGACAAACGUCCAGGUCGACUGCAGCAACAAGGCCGACCAGAACGCCGAGUUCAUCAUCACAGACAACGAGAGCAAGGCCGUGAUCUACUCGUACAAGGUCAAGGUCGGCGAGACCUGCAACUCCGUUUCCUUCCCCAAGGGCGAGAACGCGAUCAUGAUCACUACGAAGAUGGGAUACUUCUAG